AUGACGCCAUACAAGCUGGUCACAGGAGGUGACUACAACCAUCCUGUAGCCACGUUGGGAGAAAUAGUGCUUGGCAAGGUGCCGAGCCCCAAAGGCAAGAUCCAACGCCGAUGGAUCAAAGGAGUGUGGCUUGGAAAGCUGGACAGGGACGACAGCAAUGUGCUUGGCACAGCGUCAGGUGCAAUCGCUGUGCGGUCCAUAAGGCAUAAGAUCACUCGUGAGUUGUCUCAACCAAUCGCUUUUCCAGCACCAGCCGCAUCGGGUAGCCCCGAGCGAGAAGAAGCAGCAGAUCGGGAGCAUCCGACGCUGGCAGUGGACGGACACAACGUCCACCACGACGCCCUCGUGGUGCAAGCCGCGGCACAGCUAGAGGAAGAGCUGGAACCGAUGCAGGAUGCGGAGGAAUUUCCAGAUCUAGCGGGUGGCCCCGCAGACGUCAGUCCCGUUCCAACAACGCCAGCGGAAUCCGAGAUUGCAGAUUCCGCCGCCCGAGCACGGGCCGAGCGGGUCUCCACCGCCCUUUCGGGGAGAGGGAAGCGAGAGAGGGCUAAUCCGGGAGAACUGAAGACCGGCGAAGCUGAUGCAAAGCAGCCCCGGCAAGCAGGGAUCUUGCAGCACUUGACAACCAAAGAGAUCUGGGAGAAAAUCCAGCAAUGGGGAAACUCAGAAGAACCGAACAACCCAACAGCGAUCCAGCGAAUCUCCAAUGUGACAGAAUUCGUCGAUCAGAUGCUCGACCCUGAGGAGGUAUCCAAAGCCCGAAAGGCACAACUACGAAAGCUGUGGGAGCGAGGAGCGUUCACUCCCAUCCACAGAAAAGACAUACCCCAGGGAUCGCAGCUCUUUGGUCACAAAUGGGUAGACAAGUGUUCACGAGGGACUUACAAGUCGCGCUUCACAUGCGCAGACGUCAAGGCGCGAUACACCCAAGAGCAAGAGGCUGAGCUGGAUGUUUUCGUGCCAACUCCAACUCCUGAGUCUCACAAUGUCUUAGAAGUAUACGCCCUCAUGAACAAGUUCUACACGAGGAGCUUAGACAUAGUCGCAGCCUUCCUCAUAGGAAGGGACCGGGGCGCAGCACAAGGUAAACCGGUCUAUGUCCGAGCACCCAUCGAAUGGUGGGAUCUCUUCCUCGAAUGGCUCAAGGAAGUCAACCCAGCGGAUCGGCAGUGGUACAAGGGGUCAGAAAGAUCCGUGCAUUUUCCGGUGCACCAAGACUGGCAUUGUACUGCUGCUGCACCAUGUGGACGACAUCCGCGCAGCAGGACCUUCAGAGGCCCUAUAGCGCAUCUCUUCGAACAAGAACUACCGCGACACUGCGAAGUGCAAGCGGGAGAACUCGAAAAGGAGGGAACGGCAGUGGAAUACCUGGGACGCACCAAAGUGCGCAGUGAAGAUGCAAUCCUCACCAUCCCAGACGAAAAGCACAGGCAAGCCGUGAUCUCCGCAGCGGGUAUCUCCGCGCGUGACAGGAGUGAGGUUCCGUCCAAACAACUGAACCUUCUGGAAACCACUCCCCUGUCCGAAGAAGAAGCAAAACGCUAUCGCAGCGCAGUAGGAUCCGCGAUCUACCUGAGUUUGGAUCGCAGAGACAUACAAUAUGCUGUGAAGGAAGCAGCGAGACACAUGUCGCAGCCAAGGCAGUGUGACAUGAAAGCUGUAAAGACACUUGCAGCAUACCUGCAAAUUCACCCCACGGUUGGCAGGGUGGUAACAUGUGAUCCGCCAAGUGCGACUGGCGAAUGGAGCAUAGAGUUGUAUUCCGACUCAGACUGGGCAGGGUGCCUCGAGAGCCGAAGGAGCACCGACUGUCAUGUGGCAGUAGUCUGUGGAGCUGUGGUUGCUUGCACAACCCAGACGCAACCCGGACUGCCAGCUACUAGCAGCCCAGAUGCGGAACUAAGAGGUGUAUCCAGAGCAGCCAGAGAAGCAAUCUACUUGCGCGAUCUCAUCACCUUAGAUUUUGGCCAACUGUGCGGGAAGCCCCGCCUAUGGACCGACAGCUCGUCGGCCAUGCAGGCAGCGAAACGCAUAGGUCCAGGAGCCAAGUUGAGGCACCUGGAAGUCUGUGAGUUCUACGUGCAGGGAGCGAUCCAGUCAAAGCAGCUCGCUUUGGGAAAGGUGAAAGGAACGCUCAACUGUGCAAACUUUCUGACGAAACAUCCCAAGUCAGGGACAGAGGUAAAGCAAGCCCUACCUGGACUGGGUAUGUGCGAAGCUCACGACGGAGAGGAUGUGCUAUCAUCCACAAAGCGCAUCUCCGUCAAGGUCUCGACUGUGACCAAGCAGCAUGCUUGGAAGACUCCGGUCCCAGCAAGCGUUGCUUGGAUCGACAACAGAAAGGACCGAGCGGGUAGCACCGCCCCGAAAACAAAGGGCAGUGUGAACUACAUCAAGUCAUUGGUGAUUCUCAGCCAGAUCACCGCAGUGCGAGCGCAGGGACAAGGAAAUCAGUGGAUCAAUCCAAUUGUCCUGUACAUCCUCGCGCUCAUAGGCUUGUUAGCCAUCUAUGUGAAGCUGUAUCAGCUAGGAGUGCUGAUCACAGACUGGCUUUUCCCGCCUGAAGGCGAAAAUCAACUUCCCGAACGGCCCGAAGAAGUUGAAGGAGCCGAAGUACAACUUCAGCUGGAUAGUGCUACGGUGCGCCUCAACAUCACCGCCUACCGAGACGGUAGACAGCUGAACAUCAGCCAGACGGUGAAUGCGCCAGCGGUAGCCCCGCGGCUAGGUUCCGCGGAAGCCCCGCAGCCUCAACCGGCGGAAACCCCGCGGCAGGAGGAGCUAACUCCUAGUCGUAUCGAGCGCUGGUCAGAGGAACAGCGCGAAGAAAGGCUGAUUCAUGGGCAAGACCCAGACUCCAGCCAAGAUAAGCCAGGUGAGUCAACUUCGCACAGUGCGGACAGCCCCGCCUCUGAGCGGGAUGUACCGCCUGAGCGGGAGGAACCGCCUGAGCGGGUAGCACCGCCCGAGCGGGCGGAGCCGCCGAUCUCCAGUUCCGGCCCGGAGCUCUUGACGGGAGACCCAGCCAUUGAGCGGGAAGCUCCGCUAGAUCCCUUUGAUGGGAUGAGUCCAAAUGAGCUCCAGCAGUGGCGCGAGGCCGAGAACAGAGUUCUGGGGAUCGAAGGCGGCAGCUCCAGUGGCGGCAGCCCUUUCUCUGGCCACAGCUAG